AUGUCCUCUCAUAGCGGCUGCAGGUCAGGAAGUGGCCACAAGAAAAUCUUCGCCAAAAACUCAGCGAAGCUUCAGUCUAGGCGGAAGACUCGUAAAAGGAUUUUGUUCGAUGGAACAAUUUUCUCAUCUUGGGUUUCUGCGAGGAUCAAGUGCGGAUAUGACGACGAUUUUUUUUUUACAACGUUUUUAUUGUUAGGAGGCAGGACUCCCCAUCAGCCUCUGGCUGCCUACUCCAACAAGCGUUAACAGAUAAAGUAUGUUUACAUGUAUGUCUAUUUUUUAACUCUUGACAUCUGCAUUAGCCCAGAUAGAGAGUAGCGUCCCUCUUUUCUUUGUUUUUAAAAAAGUAGAUUGGAAUCGCGAACUUACUGUUAGCUUUAGUACUUAUCUUCAGUUAACAUAGGAAUUUAAUUGUUUUUUAAGGGGCAGGAGAGAAUAAAGUACCCUAUUGUUGUAUUGUGAGGCUUUUACAUAAUGAAAAGAAAAUUGCAAGGUCGCUUGGAGAUAUGUGGCAAGCCGACUGUAGCAUUAUUCAACACUUGAAUUCAAUUUCAAUUCAAUGAAAUUUAAUGUCAAUUCAAUGAAAUUCAAUGUCAAUUCAAUGAAAUUCAAUUUCAAUUCAAUGGAAUUCAGUAUCAAUUCAAUUUCAGUUUGACAAUGAAAUUCCAAGUCAAUUGAAUGAUGAUGAUGAUGAUGAUGAUGAUGAUGAUGAACUUUAUUCAUGUGUCGAUGUAUUUAGCUGACGCUAAUUGGGGACACAACAUAAAAAUAUAAUAAAUAAUGAAUAAUAUGAUAAAUAAAAGAUAAGACAAAUUCAAUGUCAAUUCAAUGAAGUUCAAUUUCAAUUCAAUGAAAUUCAGUGUCAGUUCAAUGAAAUUCAAUGUCAAUUCAAUUUCAAUUCAACUUCAAUUCAAUGAAUUUCAAUGUCAUUUCAAUCAUUAACUGCAAAGCAUCAUGGUUCUUGCAAAGCAUCGUAGAUCUUACAUACGGAAUUCACCCUCUUCCAGCUCUUCUCGCCAUUUGCAGGUAAAAUGGAGAAGCAGCUUCGAAGUCUUGCUGCUUUCCUGGGUGAAUGCUCUAGAAUAGUUUCCCAGGUCUUGGAUAGUAGUGAUUCAAGCUCAAAUGGCAACAUGACACUGGCCCGAAAUUCAUCCGAUUGCUUUGAGUCGUUUUCUCCUCUCAACAACGUCUGAAUCGACCGGCCGUUAAUGCCGUCCAGUGACGUCACUCACUACCCGAAAACCGGGUAGUGGUUUUGAUUGGCUGAUUGUCUAAACAUUCCCAUAAUUAUGUAUAAUUAUGAAAAAUUUUAGCGGGAUUGUCACUUGAUUUUCAGCGGAUCUCAUCCCUGGCAUCCUUUUGUUUAGUUCAAAGUUCAUUUCGAUAAGCGCAAUCUUUAUCUUAAACAGCAAAAUUGCCCUUGUCUUCAAAACUGAAAUGCUAAAUUGAACUGCGAACGAAGAAUCAUUGCGGAGGGAGAGUCAGUAGGUUUUUCAUUUACAGCCGUUUUGUGGUUUCGGCGGCCGGUGAUUUCGUUUACGCGCAGUUUUCUGAGAUCAAUGUUAUAAUUCGACCUUCUUGCUAUUUUUACCGUCAACAGUAAUGAUUCUGUUAGCUUUUCUUUCCUGUCUCGUUGCUUUUUUCUUCGUUAAGGACCAAAUAGCAUCUUUUCAAUUAAAACAAAUCAUUGUGUUUUUGAACUACGUGUUCUGUGUGUGUGUUUAUUUCAUUGCGUGAUUGCGACCGAGUUUGAUUGUAGAAUUUAGUACAACCGGAGUUGUGCUGCAUGCAGUUGAUAGUUUGAAUGUUAAACAUGAAUUACGAUCUAAAAAAAUAAAGCAGUUCUGUAUCAUGCAGACCUUUCCAAAAGAUAUUUCUCGGUUUGCCACUUGAAAAUUGUGUUUUACUUUUUGCAUGAAUUAAAGCAAAGGUCAAGGAGUAGUGAGUCCCGUACGUAACUUGCAGAUCUGCCGAAGGCCUUUCUCAGGUCUGUCACAGGUCUGUUCAGUCAUACAGCAGACCAAUUUGACACAAAACUGAAGUCUGCAAGUCUGCAUACUGUCUGUGACAGACAUCUCAUGAAAAUGACUUCUUCCUUGACUGUGUGUUGCCUUUUAUCUUGUUUGCAGCAAGUCUGUUGCAGACCUUUCGUGACUUUUGGUGAUUAUGCAGUAAGGAUCUAUUAUUAUGUCUGCACUUGAUCUGCAGUAGACGCUGUGCAGACAACCACCCGCACGAAACUUGCAGUGCUGUACAGUGCCACAAAAUCGCUUCAAAAUAGCUGUACAGCUAAAUUACAGCUGUUCAGCAGCCUUUUAGAAGCCAAACAGCAGCUUCAUUCAAGUUGCAGCGGGCUGCAAAUUAGCGCUGUGCAGCCUUUGAAGGUUCUUUGAAGCUCUCGGCAGCACUUUUGCAGCGCAGUUGCCGACUUUCAAACGCUGCGAAGUAGCUGCAGUAACGUCGCUACAAUUCAGCUGCGGUCGAUCUGACUUUCUUGAGCGCCAAUAACAUGAAUCGCCAGAUAAAGCCUUGGCACAGAUUACGGCUUUUAUAACGCGAAAACGUUGACUGUACCUCUAAGAAAUGUGAGUAAGCUUGUGCUCAAGGAAGAUCACUUAUUGAAUAAACCUUCAAAUUCUAUGCUUUCAAUGAAUUUUAUUCCGUGACCGGCAAGUGUGGGAAUGUUAUCGCUAAUUCCCUGGAGACAUUCUAGGCCGUGAUCUAAUUGGUCAGUCCUCUUACAUGAGAUCCCAUUACAUCUCUAGACAAACACGGGAUCCCAAACAUUUGCGACGGUUGAAUGAAAGGCGCAAACAGUCUAAGUGUUUUUGCAUCUAGUUCUGUUUCGAGAUGGAAGUUCUGUUAAAGUUUUUGGAUGGAACUGCUCAAACGUAUUUGCAAACAACGCACUGAACAGUGACUUCUACGCUAAGUAUCGACGAAUCGAACCAGAGCAAGCAACACAGAUACAAGAAUCUCAGAUGGGGUAAUUCGCACUUACAAGAUUCUUAUACGCUCGUGGUAAUGUUCGGUCCUUAGUCCUUUGUAAAAUUUAACGACGACCAAAGUAAAAUUGGGUUGAUUUCUUUCAUGAAAAAAGUGUAGAAGAUCGUCGAUCAUGGACAAAACGUCAAGGUGAGCAAUGUCCAGCUUAGCCCAUGCAUUGCAACGAAUCAAAAUAUCAUUUGCCUGCUGUCCGUGUAAACUUUAUGUAUAAGAGCAAUCGCUGUUAUUCUCUUUAUUUUUAAAAAAGAUAAUUUUAAGUUACUCUCUCGAUGCCUCUUUCCAUUCUUAAAUAAAGGUCACCUUUAGGUCACCUUUUGGCUUGCAGCGUGUUGUUUUCUUCGUAUAUUUUUAGCUGACAUCUAAUACUCCAUUCACUUUGCUGCAGUCAAUCUGCAGACCUAAAGGUCUGUCAUUCACCUUUUAACUUGCAGCUCACUGACAGUGAAGGGAUACUUUUAGAACCGAUCCACUUUUUGUGUUCACCUUUCCGUGACUAAAUAAAAUCGAACUGCACACUUAAUACAGACCAACUGCAUACUAACUGCAGACAUUUCAGGCAAGUGAUCUGCAGGCCUGCUGAAGACGGUUGAGCAGACGAAAGAAAGACCAGUCUGCAGAUCUGCAUGUUCCGUACAGGCGACAUCACUGGACGGCAUUAAAGGCCGGUCGAUUCAGACGUUACUGAGGGAGUAAUAACAACUCGAAGUAAUCGCAUGAAAUUCAGGCUAAACAUGACGCGGGUUUUACCAGCAAAUAGCAGGAGAACAGCCAGCACUGUUUCAAGUGCAGUCGAAUGAGCUUGAUCUAUGCUUCAAAGCAGUAGACACAGACGGCUAUAUUCUCGCUUCGUAG